AUGGCGUCGCAAGUGCCUUGGGACCACGAUACCCAGUUGACGAUGGCUGAGCUGUUAAAGCAGUCCAUGUCCUCGGCUGGAGAUAUUUUGUCAGAUGAUGCAUUGCAUGAAAAUGUUUCUACGCAUUUCACAACGCUGCUUCAGCAUCAUCAAGGUCAUCCUCGUCAAGCGGUCGGUAUCUUGAAUAAACUAUUCUCCGCCGCGGAUGAACGGAUGGAAUGCGACACCGACAAGCAAGUGUUGUCCCUACUUCAAACGUUCGUUUCAGGCUUCAUCGCCACCGCCCUGGGUUCCCCCGAGUUGCUGCCUUCGUGCAAGCACGGCAUCUCACGUGAGGAGAAAGAAGAAGAAAAGAAAGCAGAUGAAGAUGACAAUGAACCUCGCAAGGUAUCAUGGGCGGCUGUGGCAGCGUUAAAGCAGAAGCACCAAAAAGUCAACGGAGAAGCGAAUUCGUACACGGGUGGUGGAGCGCCUGCCACGCGACCGCAUCCUCGCGGUUGGUUCCGUCAUUCAACGGUGGUGGAAGAAGAUGACGAUCGUCAGGAACGUAGAGAGCAUGAACGUAUGCGACAACAGGAGCUCAGCUACCACAACCAAGACAACGACAACGACAAUGAUCGUUGUGAUCAAGAACCAGGCACACGAGCAGUGAACAGAUACCCCAAGCAGCAUUCCAAUGGCAACGGUCCCAAAUACUACCGUCAUCAACGUAUUUAUCCUCAGCACUUUAGACCCGAGUAUCUUGCUGAUAUUCCCGGUGACGCUUUCUGUAUGCCUCUUUUCUUCCCAUCGGAGCACAGCUAUCAGAUAUUUAUCAAUGCCUUGGCUUCGGCACGUGAAUCGCUGCUUGUAUGUGUGUACUCAUUGACGGAUAAUACCACCGCGGACGCUUUGAUUGAUGCAUACAACCGUGGAGUGGACGUAAGAAUUAUUACCGACAACGAUCAACUGGAAAACAAGGGUGCCGAUGUUUUACGACUGCAUCGACAGAACGGUAUUCCCUUCAAAACGGAUGAUUCGGAGCAAUUUAUGCAUAACAAAUUUGCUGUCGUUGACCAUGAGAUCGUUAUCACCGGAAGCUUCAACUGGUCGAUCGGUGCUCGCUUCAAGAAUCGAGAAAACAUCGUGAUCACCAAUUUGCCGUCUGUGGUGCGUUCCUUUGACAAGGAAUUCGAACAUUUGUGGCAAGUCCUUUAA